CACACCAUGACCUUCCACUUCUUUUCCUCCCAGUCUCCACCAAGAUCCCGGCGUUAUUGAGACCGUAUUCCGGCAGGCGGCAACUUGCUCAGGCCGCUUGUGGUUGCCCAUCUAGGUUGCCUCCUUUUCUCGGUCUGGUGGAUAUCAUAUCAUCUGCUGCAGUGUAACAGAAGCAACGCAGCGGACCUUCUUCCUCCUGAAAAAAUCAGACCAUGUUCACUUCCUUUUAUUGUUCCUCUUGGCUGCCCAUUUCUCUCGUGGGGAAGGGAUUAUUGUCGUAAUUGGUGGUCUGUUGUAGUUGAACAUCCAGUUCCCUGUUUGGUGACUUUGGUUCUCCUUUCGGGGUUCAGAAGGCACGGAUUCUGUGCUUCGGAAUUGUAUCAUUGUCCUCCUUCUGAACUUAUCCUGCUUGCGCAGAGAAAUGUCCCCUUUCACAAAAGUGGGGCUAGGCAUAGUUGCAGGGCUGGGUGGCCCAGGGUUUUAACCAGCAACCAUUGGAUACAUGCCACACUGUUGAUUCAGUUGCAUACCUCACCAGAGUUCAAAAGCCAGAAGAGCAAAUUUUUUACGAGUAGAAAGAAAAGGUUCUGUGAUAGAUUUUGUUGGUCUCUGGUGUGACCCCUAACUGGAGAAGAUCGUUCAGUAAUGGUGGAUUUGUUCUGGGUAUAGACGCACUUUCCGUUAAGCUACUUUCCAUGGACGAAUCAUCUGGCUGUGUCAUUGGAUCCACAGAGGCAUUGGGAGAGCCGGCAGAAAUGCUUGACAGGCCACAGUCUCUUGAUACGCUUCCUGCGGAAGCAGUAUUUACAAAUGUAGCUUUGGUUCCUGAGUAUGAGAGGAAGGAACUGGAAGAAACUAUCUCAAAGCUUGAAGGAGAGGCAGAGGAUUUGAGAUCCCAACUACGGCAUUUGGACGCGAAGCGGCGGGAUGCAUUAAGCAGGUUAUUAGACCUGAAAGGCAGCAUCCGGGUUUUCUGUCGCAUUCGUCCUUUUCUGCAAGCGGAGAAGAGAAGCAAGCCUGCACUGAUUUCUCCUCGAUCGGAGAAGAUUUGGGUUCAAGGCAUAAAGAAGAAAGAGUUCGUCUUUGAUAGAGUUUUCUCUCAUCAGGCAUCACAAGAGGAUGUUUUCGUUGAGGUUGAGCCGAUUCUCAAAUCUGCACUCGAUGGUCACAACGUCUGCAUAUUUGCCUAUGGACAGACCGGAACUGGCAAGACAUUCACAAUGGAAGGAACAUCGGAUUGUCCUGGCAUCGUUCCACGGGCUAUCAAAACACUUCUUCAUCAAGCUUCGAUUGAUAAGGCAGCGGCCUUCAAGUUUUCCUUAAGCAUGGUGGAGGUUUACAUGGGAAACCUGAAGGAUCUAUUAGGUCACAAGCCGUCCACAAGAAUGGUGGACUCCUCUUGUUUCUCUAGAAGCAGUCUCAACAUGCAAACAGAUGCCCAUGGAGCUGUAGAAAUCGAUGGUCUCACUGAAUUAACGGUAACCGACUUUGCACAAGCAAAUAAGAAUUAUGUUAUGGGAAGGAAGGCUAGAUCUACAUGUUGGACCAAUGCCAAUGAGGCAUCCAGUAGGUCUCACUGCUUAACUAGACUAACCAUUAUCCGCCAUGAGGGCAAGAAGGCAAUAUCAAGCAAAUUGUGGAUGGUUGAUCUUGGAGGAAGUGAACGGCUACUCAAAACAAAAGCCACUGGACAAACUCUUGAUGAAGGACGAGCAAUAAAUUUGUCCCUCUCAGCUCUUGGUGAUGUUAUUUGUGCACUAAGACGAAAGCGCAAUCAUGUUCCAUACAGGAACAGCAAGCUGACUCAAGUACUUAAAGAUUCACUUGGACUGGAUUCAAAGGCUCUCAUGGUCAUUCAUAUAAGCCCAAAGGAAGAUGACAUCAAUGAGACCAUAUGUUCUAUGAAUUUUGGGCAGAGGGCAAGGAGCAUAGAGUGCCACAAGGAAUGCCCUGAGGAGUUAAAAAUUUUGAGGCAAAAGAAGAUUGCAGAACUUGAUCAGGAGAUGAGAAGCGCAGAGAAGGAUUGCCAAGUGACAAGAGACCAUAUCCAAAGCAUUGAAAGCAAACUGGAAGAAAAGAAGAGGAUAUUGUCACUGUCAAAUGCUAAUGAAGAUCAAACAGGGUCUCCAACGUGUCCCCUAUCCGUUCCUAGAGAACUUUUUGAGAGUCCUAAAGCUUCUGCUAAAUCCGUAACUAGAAAUAGUUCUGUUUCUGUCCCUCGAUUUAUGUUAUCCACUGCGUGCAGCAGACAGAGGCAGCUUGCUGAAAAUGAAGCCAAAGUAGCAAAAGCUAACAGAUCAGGAAGAAAAUAUGUCAGUGAUGUAGAUUUUCAGCUAUCAGGAUCUCGCAUUCUUUUCCAAUCAAAUUCUAUUAUCAAGGCAAGCCCAAGUCAUGGACUAUCACCAAGGACUAAUGCCAAGAAGCUUCAUAUUGAAGAAUUGAGCUCUAUGCACCCUGAUACUCCAGUUCAUGACAACAGUGGCUCAAAGUUUUCAAAGACACCCCAAAAUAAUAGACUAUCUGCCUCCCCACUAGUUUCAAACAGGCGGAAUUUGUCUGAUCCCAUGUUUCGUAAAAGAUUGUCUGAUAGGUCAAAUUCUUGCGACAUGACCAGUCACCCGUCCAAAGGCACAAAACUAAUUCGUUGUUCAAUGCCCAAUACCUUGAAGUUAAUUCAUGAUUCUGAUUACUACUCCUCAGUAAACUGUCACAGCUAAUCAAAUAUGAAGAAAUGCGGCUAAGAUGUACCAAAUACUCAGUUAUGCAGAUUUACGCUUCAGACAACAAAUUAUUUGACAAUUCGUGAGUAGUGUAAGUAUAGCAUUGAAUGAUUUGUCAUAAUGUUGGGUCAAUAAUCAACCAAUUGUAUUACCUGGCAAGCUUGCAUGCUUAACAUAAAGUAGAAGAGAUGUAUCUUCAAUGUAAUUCUGGAGUUUGGUAUUCAUUUUGGGAUAGCAAUUUGGUUUUACUGUUAUUGUAUCUGCUAUCUUGGAUUUGUAACUUUCUGUUCCUUUAUGGCAUUGACAGUUUUCUUUUCCCAA